AUCGCUUUUCGGCAUCUGAGCAGCAAGUCCGAAGCCUUUCAAACUCGGAUUUGGGAGCCCGAACCUCUUACUCCUAAUCCAAGAGGUUUUAGUGAACCCUUCGGCGAGCUUAGCAGCGUGUUAGGAACUUUUCACGUAGAGUCUUAUGUUAUUUCCAAGUUAACAAGUGAUGGGGAGCAUUAAGAAUAUGCAUAGAAUGGGAGGGAUCAAGGGAUUAGUGAAGAAGGCUUUAGGAGAGAUGGAAUUCACGGCCGGUGGUGGAGCCAUCAAUUGGUUCCCGGGGCACAUGGCGGCGGCAACACGAGCCAUUCGCGAGAGACUGAAGUUGGCGGAUAUGGUGAUCGAGGUCAGAGAUGCCCGCAUUCCCUUGUCGUCAGCGAACCAAGACCUUCAGCCUCAGCUUUCUUCUAAGCGCCGCAUUAUUGCCCUCAACAAGAAAGAUUUGGCUAACCCCAAUAUCAUGCAUAAAUGGAUGUAUUUUUUUGACUCAUGCAAUCAAGACUGCAUUUCGAUAAAUGCUCACAGCAAGAGUUCUGUCCAGAAGCUUCUCGAGCUUGCGGAAUUUAAACUAAAGGAAGCAAUUUCAAGGGAACCUACUCUUCUUGUUAUGGUCGUUGGUGUUCCGAAUGUUGGGAAGUCGGCUUUAAUUAAUUCAAUCCAUCAAAUUGCUUCAGCGCGCUUUCCUGUGCAGGAGAAAAUGAAGCGAGCUAAUGUGGGUCCACUGCCUGGUGUUACUCAAGAUAUUGCUGGCUACAAGAUAGCCCAUCAACCUAGCAUAUAUGUUCUAGAUACUCCAGGUGUAUUAGUUCCUAGUAUUCAAGAUAUAGAGACAGGGUUAAAGCUGGCACUCGCAGGAUCUGUGAAGGAUGCGGUAGUGGGUGAGGAGCGUAUUGCUCAAUAUCUACUGGCUGUUUUGAAUAUUCGGGGAACUCCUUUCCAUUGGAAGCAGUUGAAUAACAGAAGAAUGGAGGGUAUUCAAUAUGAGUCAGAAGAAAGACACAAAUUUAAUCUUAAUGACCUCCGGCCAAAAAGGGGGGCUCCUCCUACCAAUAAGUCUGAUGUGGUGUAUGUCGAGGAUCUCGUUACUGAAGUUCAACGCGCACUGUAUACAAGUUUGUCAGAAUUUGAUGGUAACGUAGAAGAUGAGAAUGAUUUAGAAAGUCUUAUCGAACUGCAGUUCGAAGCGUUGCAGAAAGCGAUGAAGAUACCUCAUAAGGCAGCGGAAGGUCGUUUGAAAGUAUCAAAGAAACUACUCACUCUAUUCAGGGCUGGUAAGCUUGGUCCAUUCAUCCUUGAUGAUGUCCCCACCAUAAAAUCUUCACCAUUAAAUUCUUAGAAAAAUAGAUGUUCCUCUUGUCUUGUCUUCAGUAGGUGGCCUUACUGUAGUAUGGUACUUUUAGGGUAAAAUGUACAUUUCAAAUUUGUAACUUAGGGUUUGUAAGUUAGAUUGUUCUAUUGACAAGGUACCAUAUUAUUUUUAUUGUCGAUGAAUUUGAGUGCGAGUUUUAAUAA